AAGGCCUCUCAUAUUCUCGAUUUAUAUUGUUGUAUGAUCAGCUGUCUUUACUUUUGGUAUCAUAUUAAUUUUGCUUAUUCUUCAUUUAAAACUUUCUGCCUUGUUCCCAGUUAUUUACACUCUUUACUGCCAAUAGUAACAUACCAUUGGGUUUCCAGUGAUACAGAAAAUUUUGUGGAUACUCAAGUUCCCUUCCUUCCAUCUGUUGAGGUUCUGGUGAAGGCUUUAGUUGUAAUAUCACCUGCAGUAUUGGCUGGUAGUCCAAAUGCCUGUGUGCAGAUUCUGUUUUGCUCACACCAUCCAUUUCUUGUUGGUUCUGCAAAAAGAAAUGCAGUGUGGAAGAGGCUGCAAAAAUGUUUGCAAAAGCUGGGUUUUGAUCCUGUUGGUCUUCUUACAGCAAAUGUGGCUGAUUUAUGCAAGAGCUUGUUAGGUAUGAAAGGAUUGAUGAGUUCUAAUAACCUUGAACAAGAAGCAGCUAUAAAUUCCCUGUCAACGUUGAUGUCUAUAAUACCAGGAGAUACCUAUGCACAGUUUCAAAAGCAUUUAAUUGAUCUUCCAGAUCGCUUUGAACAUGACGCUCUCUCAGAAAAUGAUAUUCAGAUCUUUCGUACUCCUGAGGGAAUGCUAUCAAGUGAGCAAGGUAUUUAUGUUGCAGAAUCUGUUGCUGCUAAGAAUGUGAAACAAGCAAAAGGACGUUUUCGAACUUAUGAUAACGAUGACAGCCUGGACCAAGUCAAAUCAAACCAUUCAGGAAGAUGGGAUCCUCCCAGUAAGGAGGUUGGUGGUGUAGGGAAAAAGGAUGCUGCAAAAUCACUGAAGAAAACUGAGAAAGCAAAGACAGCAAAAGAAGAGGCACGCGAUCUGCAGCUUAGGGAGGAGGCAUGCAUUCGUGAGAAGGUCACGGGUAUACAAAAGAACCUUUCUUUGAUGCUCAAAGCCUUGGGAGAAAUGGCAUUAGCUAAUCCUGUUUUCACACACAGUCAGCUACCAUCCUUGGUUAAGUUUGUUAAUCCUUUACUCCAUUCAACCAUUGUUGGUGACAUGGCGUUCGAGACCAUGGUGAAACUCUCAAAAUGUACAGCUGAUCCUCUCUGUAAUUGGGCUCUUGAGAUUGCAACUGCGCUGCAACUGAUUGUGACAGAAGAAGCUAAUGUUUUGUUGAAGUUAUUUCCACCUGUUGCUGAAGCGGAAGUCAAUGGAGGGCCAGCCGUGGGUCUCUUUGAGCGAGUGGUUAAUGGCUUAUCAAUUUCUUGCAAAUCUGGACCUCUUCCAGUUGAUUCAUUUAAGUUCAUUUUUCCGAUAAUGGAACGAAUUCUGCUAUCUCCCAAGAAGACAGGCCUUCAUGAUGAUGUUCUCCAGAUACUUUUCUUGCACAUGGAUCCUAUUCUACCCUUACCAAGGAUCCGAAUGCUAUCAGUCUUGUAUCAUGUUCUUGGUGUUGUUCCUGCCUAUCAAGCAUCUAUUGGGCCAGCAUUGAAUGAGUUGUGCCUGGGUUUGCAACCUGAUGAAGUCGCAUCUGCACUAUAUGGCGUUUAUGCCAAAGGUAUUCAUGUCAGAAUGGCUUGCUUGAAUGCUGUAAAAUGCAUUCCUGCUGUUUCGAACUGUUCCAUUCCUCAAAAUGUAGAGGUUGCAACCAGCCUUUGGCUUGCUUUACAUGAUCCAGAGAAGUCAGUUGCGGAAGCUGCAGAGUAUGUAUGGGAUUGUUAUAGAUAUGACUUUGGAACAGAUUAUUCUGGUCUUUUCAAAGCACUUUCUCAUGAUAACUAUAACGUUCGAGUUGCUGCUGCUGAGGCAUUAGCUGCUGCUUUAGAUGAAAACCCUGAUACGAUACAGGAAUCACUGUCGACACUGUUUUCUUUGUAUAUCCGUGAUGCUGGAUUUGGUGAGGAUAACAUUGAUGCUGCUUGGUUAGGCAGACAAGGGAUUGCUUUGGCUUUACUUUCUGUGGCAGAUGUACUUGGAACCAAAGACCUCCCUGUUGUGAUGACAUUUCUGAUAUCACGGGCGCUGGCUGAUGGUAAUGCAGAUGUCCGAGGUCGGAUGAUUGAUGCUGGUAUUACUAUUAUUGAUAAGCAUGGAAGGGAUAAUGUGGCAUUGUUGUUUCCCAUAUUUGAAAACUACUUGAACAAAAAGGCCUCAGAUGAGGAAAAAUAUGAUUUAGUGCGUGAAGGAGUGGUUAUAUUCACUGGGGCUCUAGCAAAGCAUCUGGCCGAGGGAGACCCAAAGGUUCAUGCUGUUGUGGAGAAGCUGUUAGAUGUGAUAAACACUCCUUCUGAAGCUGUUCAAAGGGCAGUUUCAACUUGCCUUUCUCCAUUAAUGCAAUCAAAGCAGGAAGAUGCCCCUGCUCUUGUUUCUAGACUUUUGGAUCAGCUGAUGAAGAGUGACAAAUAUGGUGAGCGUCGUGGAGCAGCAUUUGGUCUAGCUGGGGUGGUUAAGGGAUUGAGAAUAUCUUCUCUGAAGAAGUAUGGCAUAAUCACAGCCUUACGUGAGGGUCUUUCGGACAGGUCUGUUCUAUGAAAUGGUUUUGAGCUA